UAAGGUACCAAUGGAGAGGUCUUCUCUCAAGAAAUGCAUUAUUAAUGCUUAAUAUAAAAACAGUAUCUCUUAUGAUUUGAAAGAUAUGGCUUAUAUUCAAAUUUUCUAAAAGUAGGUCAAAGGUCAAUGUUAAGCUCACCAGGCCAAAGAUUUUGAUGUCAAUAGAAAGGUCUUGCCCAAGAAAUAUACAUGCAAAAUAUGAAAGGUACAGCCUCUUAUAUUGUAAAAGAUAUGAUCAGGUAAAAGUUGAUUUUCUUUUUAUUUUUUUUAUUUUCCAAAACUAGGUCAAUGUCACAAGGUCAACAAAGCAGAUAUUGUUGAAAAGGUCUUCUCAUAAGAAAUGCAUGCUUAAUAUAAAAAUAAUAUCUCUUCUAAUUUGAAAGAUAUGGCACAUAAAUGAAUUUUCUAAAAGUAGGUAAAAGGUCAAUGUUAAGACCACCUGGUCAAUGAGUGUGGUGUCAAUGGAAAGGUGACUUGCCACAAGGAAUACACAUACUAAAAAUGAAAGGUCUAUCUCUUAUGGUAUAAAAGUUUAAUUGCCACAGACAGAUGGAGAGACUGUGAGACAAACAGAUGGACAGGCCAAAAACUAUAUGCCCCCGAAUCUUUUAUUCUGGGGACAUAAUAAAAAAAGACAUUUACUGUUUUUUAAGUUUUACAUGGUGAUUUAUGGGGUAGAAAACAGUAACUGUUGCAAAUAUAAUUCAUUGGCGUAAUUGCACAGUUGCACCAUAAGCUAAUUAACAACUAAAUCCUGUUUACCUGAGGAUAUGGUAGCCAUGCAGUUUACACACUUAGAAUAAACAUACCUCUAAGAUAUCAUACCCUCAUUAAGUUCAGAUUACAAAUUGAUAUCAUGAGUUAUCAGUAGGAACCUCUUACAAAUGAUUUGUUAACAGUUUGUUCACAGUGAACCUUAUAACUGUCAGUGACCCCUACACAUAAUGUAUCUAUAGACUAAAUGUACUACGUACAUUACAAUACUCUGAUAGGGUGAAGGCAUGUGAAAAGAUUCAUUUACAGUAAAGCAAACAACAACAGAACUAAAAAUGUUUGUUGAAUAAAGAGACAUCACUUUUAGUACACUCCUCAAAAAGUUGAGCACUAGUAUCCUAAUUUAGCAAUAUCUGCACUCACUCAGUUUUCCCCUUGACAUUCUUACUAACUGAAACUGCAGGUCAUCGAUCGAACUCUCAACUUCUGAAAUUGCCUCAUCACUGCGUAUGAAUACACUUGACCUAAUCUACAUUUGGCACAGGGUUAUUUUCGACUUGUGUUUAUUUCGUUUUUCUACCCUUGCAAACGGUUUCACUCUGUUUUAAAUUUGUCUGAUUGACACAGUUGUGUUAAAAGAGAGAAAAGGGAGGAGAAAGGGGUUUCGCCCAGUCUUAAAUUUGCCCACUGAUAAGAACGAAAAUAAUAUGGGGCAAAUAUUUCCCUGGAUACAGUACUUUUAAAAACUGAAAGACAUUUCUCAAAUAAUUGUAUGAUUUCCUACAAUGAUAGUGACAAGUUAUGUCAUUCCUGAGUAAUGGCAAUGGAUCUUAUAUUAUCUUAUCAACAUACAUGCAAUUCUAAUGGUGGCUAUCUAAAGUUUUCAAUAUGUAUUUAUAAUACACUGAAUAUGAUCCUAAAUCAUUACUUAGGUGGAUAAAAACAUAUUGGCUUUCUGGUGUUUUUUAUAUCGCUUUUCAAUCUUGUAUGACAUAUUUAUGAAUAUGAUGUCUUCAUAGAGUGUGUGAUAGAGUGAAAAUUCAUAGACUCUGUUGAAAAAUCAAUUUCCAACCAUCAUGGCUAAAUUACUUUAAUAAAUGAUUAACAGUGGGCAUUGUACAAUGUAGCUGAAAUAGGAUUGAAUCAACCAUAACCACUCAAGUUACAGUAUUGCUAUAUUGUUCAGCAUUUCUCAUAGUCCAAACAGACAGACAUGAAUAAUUCUCCACAGCAAAUAAAAUUACAGAAAUUGCAUCUGAAGUCUUCAAUCACCUGCACAAGGAAGCUAUAUUCAAAUAGACAAACACACACAAAAUUCCUCAUGCAGCAAAGAAAAAUAUCAACCAUUUAUUGAGGAGCAAAUAAAUCAUUAAUUUGCUGCACAAUGAAUUAUGAGUGGAUUCUACUCAGGGAUAAUUUUCAGUUGGUUUUAGAUUUGCUCCUCCGUUUCGGAGCAUAGGGAAAAAAACUCUGUAUAGAUGUAUCAUUAAUUUUUAAUAUCCCAGUGGGAGAUCAAACACAUAUAUUACAUAGAAUAAUAUUGUGAAAGCUGUUUUAUCAUUGUGCAGAUAAUAACCAGACCUCCAGAUAAGAACAGAAAAAAGAGAGAGAGAGCCACCACGCGUGGAACUCCGAGGCAGAAUACCUAGACAGAAUCAGCUGAUCGUGGAUAUCUUGUUACACUACUUCACCAAAUUAGGUGUGCUUGUUAUCUCUGGUUACUUAUACAAUUCUAUCAAUGAAGGUGAACAAUUAAUUCAAUGACAGGAUUUAGUGGGGACCAGACAAGAUGCAUCUCACCAUGGCAACCGAAGAGGACCCACACCACCACCACCACUCUCCCCACGCUGCUCUGUCGAGUUUGACAAUACACAAACUUCCAGACAAACUUCUCCUUCAUAUCUUUUCGUUUCUGAAGCACCAAGGACUAGGUAAAGUAGCUCGCGUGUGUAAGAAAUGGCGGUUGCUUGCUUACGACCCUCGACUAUGGAAGAGUGUGUCUCUUCGGCCGGAGUAUGGUGGACUACAUGUUCAGAGUGUGGACACUCUACAGACACUAAUAGGCAUAAGAUUUGGGGCUACAAUGAAGUAUACAGAGCUUCCGUGUGAACUGAUCACGUCACCUAUUUUGCAUGAACUUGCAAACAAGUGUCCAAAUUUAGCAUACAUGACAUUAGACUUUGCCAAUGCCAUGCAGUUACACGAUUUCAAUGAUUUGAACGCCUUUCCCUGUAACCUCCGGAGCCUUUGUAUAUGUUUAUCAGAGGUGAUAUUUCUGGAAGGGUUCAUGAGGAGAAUCUACAGCUGUCUGUCCUCUCUGGAAGUACUCCAUUUAAUUGGUACUUUCGAAAUGUCAAUGGAGGCAGAGGAGGACAUAUACGAAGUAAUCAACAUUGGAAAAAUUAAAGCACACACCCCCAAUCUGAGAAUAGUCAAUAUGUACGGAAUCACCUUCAUUGAUGACUCUCACAUCGAGUUGCUAACAUCCAACUGUAUCCACAUUGAAACUCUGGCCUUGAACUUUUGUCUCCGAGUCAAAGGUUCCUCUUUCAAGUCCUUGGUGCAAAGGUGCAAGAAACUAAAAACUCUUCUUCUGCAACACACAGGUGUUGAAGAUCAUCAUAUGAUGGCUGUUCCCUGGGAAACCUCAGUCAUCUCUGAACUUGAUCUGACCUCUACGGAAUUGUCAACAGAGUGUCUGGAGAAUAUCCUACUUCGCAUGCCAGGAUUUACUUACCUAGGAUUAGGAUAUUGUGAAUUCUUUUCAGAUAGGAUAUUGGAUCAACUGUCACAGAAGGGAAAGUUUAACAAGCUUCAAGCACUGGAUAUCAGCCAUACCCAUGCUCUGUCUGAGAAUGCCAUCUACCAGUUCCUACAAUCUCAUGGUCACCAUUUGACUGGACUCAUGCUGUGUGGAAAACCAAAGCUAACCGAGAACUUCUGGCUCAAUGUCAUAGGAUUUCUAACCAGCAUCAGGGUGUGUGUGCUAGGAACAGCCAAUGGAUGGUUCCUGAGGAUCCAGAGCAAGGUCCACAUAGACCAGGUGAUUGAGGGUUUUGCCCAGAACUGCCCACGCUUGGAACGACUAGAGAUUCAGUGGGACCCCGACACCAUUAGGUUCAGUGACAAGAGCAACAAAUUUGUGGAUCACAUCAGGUUGAGAUGCCCCCACCUCAAAUCUUUCACCCUGAGUGAUGGUGAGUACUAUGAAAUGGUGAAGUCCAACUUUGAGAGGGCAGACCGACUGAAGGUUGUACGGACGACAACGAACUACUGCACCAGCAUUGUUAGCCUACUGCACUGCUUCAAAGAUCUCUUGUUCAACUGAAUCACUCGUAGUAUAUCAGUCCACCACUUCCACGAUUUAAAUUCAGCUGGAAGAACUGUCACAUGACUUUGCUGAUCUACUCUAAAAUUCAACUGAACGUACAAGAAGACAUACAAACAUCCAUGUUCAGAUAAAUCUACCCCAAAAAUUCUGCAUGUUUGUUUCUCUGCCUUUAUAACUGUUGUACAUUGAUUUGUGAAAAACAUCCCCAAACCUGUCAUAAUUCAGUUUUUUGCAACUAUCAGUUUCAUGCUUACGGCAACAGAGAAUCCAUGAAUUGCAGUAAAAACAGAGCCAAGUUUUCUGUGUAUGACUAUACAAAUACAUAUAUUUUUAUGCAUGUUUGUACAUUUUCAGUUUUUACCUGAACUACAACUUAGCUCUGCUAAUUAAAUAAGUACUGAUACGGUAUCCACAAUAUAAUGUGGAAGAAUUAUGUAUUUAGUUUUGUUAAGUUUCAUUUCAUCUUUUAGUUCUGACAUAAAGCCUACAAAGAAUAAAUUGGACAUUCACCUAAAUCUUAAGAGAAUGUAUUAGAUAAUGACUCCACCCAAAGCCAAAACAGAAUGCUUUAGGCAAUAGUUCUGCUAACUACCACGUGUAUUUUCUUCCAAAGUAAAUGCCAACUUGGUCAGCAAGAAAAUAAAUUGCAAGACUGGGAUUCAAACCUGGGCCCCCUGAAUUUCAAGUUAGGUGCCCUACUGAGCUAUCUGACUUUGUGAAUGAACCCAGCUGAUUGCCACAUUCUUUCUUCCCUCUUUUAAAGGUCCUCACACCUUAAAGACAUAAACCCAGAAUCUUUAUCCCUUGGCAGGUAUCUACCGGUCAGUUUCCUGGGCUGAUUUAGGACGCCAAAUGUAAAAGGAAGCAAGAAAAUGCAACAGACCAGUCUGGGAUUCAAACCUGGACUUGAAUCUUCCAUCAGGUGCUCUACCAAAUGAGCGAUCUGGCACUGACCUAGCUUCACAUUGGUUUAUACAUAUCACAUUAUGUGCAAUCCAUUCUACUAGAUUUUUUUCUAUAAUAAUAAUGUCCCUUUAUUGGAGAUAAAAUAUCAACCGUUUCAGUUAUCACCUUUUUUGUUUAUUCCUAUUUUCAAAGUAAAUACAAGUAAAACAUCGUAUUAUUAUGAUAAUUAUUUUGUGCAACCAAAUGUUAUUGGCAUGUCUUGUUAAAAUAGUCAUUUACUCUUAAUAAACAAACAUUUAUCUUGUUGCUCCAAGACAUGAAAUAGCAAACAGCAGUCAUAAAAAUGUGUCUGCAAAAUAUAUUUUAUGAACAUUUUGAAUUUGAACAGCUGGACUGUUUAACAAUAUAAAACUAGAAAGUAUUUUUACCAAGUGUUUUGAAGAUAAAGAACGUGCUGAAUGUAAUCUUGUGUUGUGUUAUGGAGUCCCAAGUACAAUAAUCGAUCUAUUAUAAUGAUAACUAUGCAUUGUCAGAUGGAAUGUUGAAAUAAAUUGAGUCAAUUAU